AUUAACAGGUAGUUUCAUUUAGGUUUUAGUUUUGUUAAUGUUAAGAUUGGUUAUGGUUUGUUUUUGUUUUAGUUUUUCCAUUAUAUGAAAUGAUGGAUAUUUUUUUGUUUUAACCUUUAAAUCAGUUUAAAUUUAAUUGUUGAUUGGUAAAGGUUGAUAUCGAUGUUGAUGGAUUAUCGUUAUUUAUUUAGAUAUUAAAUAACAAUCAGUUAAUUAAUCAUCAACAGAGGCAACAAACAUUUAUUCCUCUCAUUUGGAUAAUAAUAACAAUCAACUAAUCAUCCGGAAACACCGACAACAAAUUUUAAGUGAAAUGAUUACGGUGACAAUUAAUUUAUAUUAGUGAUGUUGAUUAAUCAUUGGUUUUUACCCUUUUAAUAGUAAAUAUUUCAAUAGUAUUUAGUAUUUUUCUUAUUCUAAUUAAUUUUUGUUCACGUUAAAAUUUUCUAAACAAUCAUCAAAUUAACAGUUUAAUUAAUUGUGAUUUUCAAACAAAAAGUUUCCAAGUUGUAAACAAAAAGUUUACGUUCAAUUUGAAUGGAUGGGAUUAUCAACCCAUCAAUACAAAUCAAUGGAUUAUGUGAUCAAUUUAACCAAUCAUUUAUUACUAAAUUGGUUAAUCAUCUUAUCAACUUUUUUAAUUUUAAACCAUAUUGGAUUAAUUCAUGGAGCUGAAACUAAUCAAGCUAAUUUUGUGACCAAAGCUUUAGGAAAUGUUGUCCGUUUAUUACCUUCCAUGAGGAUUGGGAGUCGAUUUAAUCAAGGAUGUGUCGGUGGUACUAAGUGUCAAUUUUUUCUCUCCUGCUGGAUGUCCGGUGGUUCAUUGGGGUCAUCGUGUGGUCCACUUUAUACCUGUUGUAUUACACCUUCAAGUCAGGAUAUUCAGCCAGCCUUUUUUGGACCAGUGGUCAAUGAUCCUUAUUGUGGACGAAGUGCAACUCGAAUCAGUCGGAUUGUCGGCGGGUCAGAUGCUUCUUUUGGUCAAUUUCCUUGGCUUGCCUUUGUUCAGGUUGGUGGAAGCCGAUGUGGAGGUGCUCUGGUUGGUCAGCGUCAUGUUGUCACUGCUGGACAUUGUGUUGCACGAUCUCAGCAAAGUCCAACAAGUAUUAGGGUUACUUUAGGUGAUUACGUUUUACAUUCGGACAUUGAAAGUUUACCACAUGAAAUUUUCACCGUUACCGAUGUCCGGUUACAUCCCAAUUUCCGGUUUACCCCUCAAGCGGACAGGUAUGAUGUUGCCGUUCUAGUAUUGGACCGACCAGUCCAGUAUAGGGACAAUAUAAAGCCGAUCUGUUUACCCCAGAAAGGUGCCAACUUUUUGGGCAGAGCGGCUUUUGUGGCCGGUUGGGGAGCCCUUCAAGCAGGAUCCAAACUACGGCCCAAAGUAUUACAACAUGUUAACGUUCCCGUGAUUGACAAUAACGUCUGCGAGGUUUGGCACCGACGACGUGGUAUUAAUAUCAGGAUUCACGAUGAAAUGAUGUGUGCAGGUUACGAGUUUGGUGGACGAGAUGCUUGCCAGGGUGACUCGGGUGGACCCUUGAUGCUUAAUGAAUAUGGUGUUUGGUAUUUGAUUGGAAUUGUAUCUGCAGGUUAUUCAUGUGCCAAACAGUAUCAGCCAGGUAUUUACCAUCGGGUCAGUAGUUCAUCAGAUUGGAUCUCGGCUAAUGUAUAUCAAGGCAAGAAAUGAAUCAACAUGAUAAACAAUCAGUGAUUCAAAUCUCGAGUGUGAAAGGAACCAUUUUUCUUCAGAUAAACAACAAUUAGUAACAUUUUUACAACAAAACAAUUGUAAAUCAAUCUUCAUCUUUUACCAACUAAUGAUAACCAUCAACGAUCAGUAACCUCGACAAACAUUCACACACACACAUAAGUAAACACGGAUGCAAAUAGGUACCAAUAGAGAGGGUUGAUUAAGAGUCCAAUCGAAUACAGAUCAUCAUCAUCAAUAAUAAUAACAUCAAUCAUAUCCAAACGUAUUGAUUGGUCACCAAUUUGUUUCCAGUUUAACAAGUUUAAUGGAUCGUCAAGAUUUGCUGGAUAUCUGAAAUCUAAAGGAAAACAAAGACAGAGAGAAAUCAGAAUUAAGCAUCGGAUUAACGUCGGAUUAACAUGAGAAUCAUUUUUUGUUCUUAAUUAUAUUUACCUGUUGUUAUCAUUGUUGUCGUUGCCAUUACUAUUGAUACCAUCCCUUUCAUCAUCCAUCAAUUUUUUUCCUCAUAUUCAUCUCAUCAUCUUAUUAUUACCUCCUUUCGACAACAUGGAGAAUUCAAAUUUACAAUCAAGAUUCAACAACUUUUUUUUAUAGAAAAAAAAACAAUUCUAUUCACUAGUUAAGUGUGUAAAAAAUUAAUCACUAGUGACAAUUAGUGUUCUGUUCAAAUCAUCUCUUUGUAAAUCGACCAUGUUAUGUAUCUACAUGUUUAAAUUAUGAUUAUUACUCUCCUUUUCCUCUCUCUCUCUCUCUCUCCUUCCAAUCUCCAUGUUCCUUAAUCUCAUCUCAUCUUCACCAUCAUCAAGAUCAUCUCCUCGUUAUUUUUUCAUUUUCCCCUUGAAGGAACCAUUUUAGUCUGUAAAUAAAAAGAGUAAUUUCCUAGGUUAA